GGUGGCCGUGGCCAGCCGGGGAGGCGGCCUCGGCGCACAGUAAUGGCAGCGCUGUGAGCCGGGGAACGCGAGCUGACAGCCGCCGCCGCCCACCCUCCGAGCCGGGGGCUUCGUCCUUCACGCCUGCGGGUUGCCUCCCUCCCCGGGCCCCUGCCCUCGCCCUGCUUCCGCAGAAGGUUUCAACACUAAAGUUGCACAAUGUCUUUAAAACCAAGAGUAGUGGAUUUUGAUGAGACAUGGAACAAACUCCUAACUACGAUCAAAGCUGUUGUUAUGCUGGAAUAUGUUGAAAGAGCAACAUGGAACGACCGCUUCUCAGAUAUCUAUGCUUUAUGCGUGGCCUAUCCUGAACCACUUGGAGAAAGACUUUAUGCAGAAAACAAAGAUUUUUUUGGAAAUCAUGUUCGGCAUUUGCACAAGAGAGUUCUGGAGUCUGAAGAACAAGUGCUUGUUAUGUAUCAUAGGUAUUGGGAAGAGUACAGCAAGGGUGCCGACUAUAUGGACUGCUUAUAUAGGUAUCUCAAUACCCAAUAUAUUAAAAAAAAUAAAUUGACGGAAGCCGAUUUACAAUACGGCUAUGGUGGAGUAGAAGAUAUGAAUGAACCACUUAUGGAAAUAGGAGAGCUAGCAUUGGAUAUGUGGAGGAAGUUAAUGGUUGAACCCCUUCAGAAUAUCCUCAUCCGAAUGCUGCUCAGAGAAAUCAAAAAUGAUCGUGGUGGAGAAGACCCAAACCAGAAAGUAAUCCAUGGGGUUAUUAACUCCUUUGUUCAUGUUGAACAGUAUAAGAAAAAAUUUCCCUUAAAGUUUUAUCAGGGAAUUGUGUCUCCAUUUUUGACUGAAACAGGAGAAUAUUAGCAAGAAGCUUCAAAUUUAUUACAAGAAUCAAAUUGCUCACAGUAUAUGGAAAAGGUUCUAGGUAGAUUAAAAGAUGAAGAAAUUAGAUGUCGAAAAUACUUGCAUCCAAGUUCAUAUACUAAAGUGAUUCAUGAGUGUCAGCAACGAAUGGUAGCAGAUCACUUGCAGUUCUUACACGCAGAGUGCCACAACAUCAUUCGGCAAGAAAGAAAGAACGACAUGGCAAAUAUGUAUGUCUUGCUCCGUGCUGUGUCCACUGGCUUACCUCAUAUGAUUCAGGAGCUCCAGAAUCACAUCCAUGAUGAGGGCCUCAGAGCAACCAGUAACCUUACUCAGGAACACAUGCCAACACUAUUUGUGGAAUCAGUUUUGGAAGUACAUGGCAAAUUUGUUCAACUUAUCAACACUGUUUUGAAUGGCGAUCAGCAUUUUAUGAGUGCUCUAGAUAAGGCCCUUACAUCUGUUGUAAAUUACAGAGAGCCCAAGUCAGUUUGCAAAGCGCCUGAACUGCUUGCUAAGUACUGUGACAACUUGCUGAAGAAGUGCAAAGGAAUGACUGAGAAUGAAGUGGAGGACAAACUCACCAGCUUCAUCACCGUUUUCAAAUACAUCGAUGACAAAGACGUUUUUCAGAAGUUCUAUGCAAGAAUGCUAGCAAAACGUCUAAUUCAUGGGUUGUCUAUGUCUAUGGAUUCGGAAGAAGCCAUGAUCAAUAAAUUAAAGCAAGCCUGUGGUUAUGAGUUCACCAGCAAGCUGCAUCGGAUGUACACAGACAUGAGUGUCAGUGCUGAUCUCAACAAUAAGUUCAACAAUUUCAUCAGAAACCAAGACACGGUGAUAGAUUUGGGGAUUAGUUUCCAAAUAUAUGUCCUUCAGGCUGGUGCAUGGCCUCUCACUCAGGCUCCUUCAUCCACAUUUGCGAUUCCUCAAGAGUUAGAAAAAAGUGUACAGAUGUUUGAAUUAUUUUAUAGCCAACAUUUCAGUGGAAGGAAACUGACGUGGUUACAUUAUCUCUGUACAGGCGAGGUUAAAAUGAACUAUUUGGGAAAACCAUAUGUGGCUAUGGUCACAACCUACCAAAUGGCGGUUCUUCUUGCCUUUAACAACAGUGAGACUGUCAGCUAUAAAGAACUCCAAGACAGCACUCAGAUGAAUGAAAAGGAGCUGACCAAAACAAUCAAAUCAUUACUUGAUGUAAAAAUGAUAAACUAUGAUUCAGAGAAGGAGGAUAUUGAUGCAGAAUCGUCAUUUUCUUUAAAUAUGAGCUUCAGCAGUAAGAGAACAAAAUUUAAAAUUACUACGUCAAUGCAGAAGGACACACCACAAGAGCUGGAGCAGACAAGGAGUGCCGUCGAUGAGGACCGGAAGAUGUAUCUCCAGGCUGCUAUCGUCCGCAUCAUGAAAGCUCGCAAAGUGCUUCGGCACAACGCCCUCAUCCAGGAGGUAAUAAGCCAGUCAAGAGCCAGGUUCAACCCCAGUAUCAGCAUGAUUAAGAAGUGCAUAGAGGUGCUGAUAGACAAGCAGUACAUUGAGCGCAGCCAGGCUUCUGCAGAUGAAUACAGUUACGUCGCGUGACACCCUCUUCCGGUGCGGGUGUGAGGUCAUUGCCAUCACCGUUCGGUGUGCUCCUGUGGGAAAAAGCAGGCCUGUGCCUCCAUACUUCGGUUAUUUGGCAGCCCCUGUUUUUCUGCUGUUUACAACAUCACCAGUGCCACGUCAUGAGCGUCAGAGAAAAUGCCUAGCGAUAUUUCAAGCUCAUGUCAGGAUGACAUUUCUUAAAACUUAAAACUAGAAGAAUGAGUGAAGUAUUGCUGAAAUGUGGGAUUCGGUUGGGUACCAUGCUUUCUCCCCUUCACGUUUGCAGUUGAUGUGUUUUUUUUUUAAAUGUAUCUUAAAGGACAUAAAAUAAAAACUUAAAUAUUGUAAUAUGACAGAUAACCUAAUAAUUGUAUCUACAUUAAAAUGACAAACAUGAUGUUGCUGCUUGUCAAAUAAAAAAAUAAAGAAACAGAA